AGGCUACUGAGGAGAAAGGGAGAAUACAAUUGAGGGGGAACUGUGUGAAUGAUCUCGGGAGCAAAGGGGACACGUUUUGCUGUUGGACCUAAGAGCCUAGGGGGCGUGUGUUUUGUGUCGGACUUAUACAGGCUCGUGUUUCUCCUGCUGCUUCGCCGUGUUUACUGCCUGGAGAGUGGCUAGGAGCCGCUGAGGAGUAUGAGCGCGGCUCUGGGCAAAAUCCACAACCCUCCAGAAUGCCAGCCGUGUCCUCCUUCAGGAUACUCCAUUCUAUCUUGCAUCUACUCCAGUUUUCAGUUUUUGUUUUUUCAACGGACAUUCAAUAUUUGGUAAUCUACCUUGGAAAGGAACCCCUUUUAAAACAGACACCAGCUUUUAUCAGUCUUGCUUUAAGGACAUCCAGAAGGAAUCCCAUCUGUUCUGCAGGUAACACGCUGCUGGACAGGCACUACCGGUCCCGACCUACCCAUGGCAUUGGCCGAUUCAGACAUCUACUUCCCCCAGUGGAUCCCAAGACAAAGAAAGGCCGAGUUCAGAUGAAGGAGAUUGACUCUGGGACGGAACACGAGUACGGAGACUUGAACAUAGUAAUGACUGGCUACGACAUGACCCUGGUUGAGCAUUACGCCCAGUACGUCCACAAGCUCUGCAACAGGCUGUCCAUCAAAGUGGAGGAAAGCUAUGCCAUGCCCACUAAGACCAUGGAGGUGAUGCGGCCACAGGAGCAAGGGUCCAAGAUGCACCUGGAUGCUGUUCUUACAACCCACCAACGUGUUGUUCAGAUCAGAGGUUUGAGUGCCACAUUCGCUCCUAUUUUCUUGGAAGUCAUUCAGAGUAAUCAGCCUGAGGGAGUCCAUCUGUUAGUGAAAGAGCAUACGGAGGACGACUUCAAAGUUCGGCUGAAGGCGCGUCCAGAACUGGAACAGCUGCUGGCCCAAAUGAGCUGAGCCAAGCAUGUGGCUUGUUGCAAAUACCCGUUUUCCAUCAGUGUUUGGACCGGUCUAGUUGACUUCCUUACAACCUUCCAGUUCCACCUGUGGAAAAGAACCUCUGUGUUUGCUGCAGAAGCCAACUCUGCCACGAUGGGCCUUAUUUUCAUAAUAAAUGGUGGAAUCUUUAA